AUGCUCUCCAAACAGAAACCACAGCCAACCCUCCAGGUUCCAGUCCCAAAUUUCCCGUUAUCCUCGCCGAUCAGCGAGGAGAUCUCCAGCCCAUCAUGCUCCUCGGUAGAAGAUCACGACGAGGAACGUAAUCGACCCUUUGCAUUUCUCAACAAGGCAACACGAUCCGCGCACCGGGAACCCUCGAGACUGAAUAUCCGCGGUAUUACAAAGAAGCGGAAAAGCGUCGCGAAGCCAGUGGGGUUGAACCUCGUUACGGAUUUCACGUUGGCGCCGGCACCAGCGAGGAAGGCCUCGGUUACAGAGGAGUUACGUACAACCGCGCCGUUUGUCGACCUGAAUGAUCUGAAGAUGCUCUCGAAAGUGCGGGAGAGAGAACGGUCCACGCAGAAGUCGAAGGAGCUUUUCAAGAAGCGGGUUUCGCGAGGGUUUCAGCGGAUGCCAGACGAGGGUGUGCAUGGCGAAGGAGGCCAUCCUCCGAAUGAGACCUCGUUUCUCAACCUUGGAGACGGAAAUCCAUUCCACGAUAGACACGAGCAUGGAAUCUCUCCUUCAGACCGACAUGUAAUGAUUGGCCUCACUGUACCUCGCAAUGAAUCAAUAGAAAGGUCGAGGGAGCUCGACAGUGCAGGCACACCACUCACCCCCUCAAUUAUUGUCACUCCAGCAAGAGAAGAUGCACCAUGGAAUGCGCCCUCGAACGCGAGCACCGAGAUGCUCCGGCCGAGAGUAGCGUCAAGUGUCUACUCCCAGCCCACGCCUCGUCUUUGGCAGCAUGAAUCAAACGUCCCACCCGUGCCAGCGAUUCCGGCGCAACACUCAACUGCCAAACAGAGCUCUAAGACCGAGAACGGAUAUCCAAACACACUCGGCGUAGAAAAGAACGCUCGUCCCCUCUCAACCUCAACUUGGGAAGACGACAGUCCACCCGCGACACCGGCGACACUUCGCCCAACAGAACACAAGCAAGGCCGUCUCAGCGUCAACACCACAGCAUCUACCAACAGACCUGCCUCCCAAGGCUGGUGGACAUACCUCCUCUCCCCGCUGCUAGGCCGCUCAAUCAAAUCCCCGCUCAGCCCAUCCUUCCCGCGGGAUUCACCGGUGACCCCGUCCACAUCUACCACCCUUGCACCACCAAAGCAAUGGAUUCAGCGGGAGAAAGAAGUAUCCUGCUUUUCGCCCGAUACACCAGAGACAGCCGCUCCGAUGGACGAAAAAGCGUUCGAGCUGUCUUCAUCCUUCGAUACAGACCACUAUCAACAUGGCGAUGAGCGCCAGCAAUCCCCUCCACCUGCGUACGUCUCGAAUGCGUCCAGCAGACAGAAUACCAUGUCAUUUAUGUUCGGCAGCCAGACGACCCAAGGCGAAGCUGCGGAGUACUAUCAAGCCUGUGCGCAUGAGCUUUUCAGCAAGACACCGUACUUCGAAUGCUUUAACCACGUCUGCUCCAUUACGCCUGUCAACCCUGCCGCAGUCGCACUGAACGGGACUGCCGAGGGGAGUAGCAGUCGGGGAGCUGGAAUCGUUGCCGUUGAUGCAUCGAACGUAGGUUCCGGUCUAUCUGGUCAUAGGGGCACACAGGCACACGAGAAUCAAGUCUCGGUUGCCGGCUCAACGAAGUCGACUAAGAAUGAAGGUUUACUCAUUGAUAUUGAUUCACCACGUGGGUCGAUUGCGACUACGACCCCGGCUGGGUACGCUGUCCGUGCUAAGGAGGUGCGGCUGCUGUCUCCUGGGUCAGUCACCACCUUCGAUUCAUGGGAUUGCUCGGAUGUGGAUGAAGACGAGAAGGAUUCUGUGGCUCCUCAAGCUGCUAAGGGAGGGGUUGAGAGUACCAGGUCUAAGCCCACGUCUGCCGAUCCUGUUUCUGUUCCUGUGGCGUUGGCAACAACUGCUAGGCAGAGUAAUGGUCAUGGAGCGCCAGCGCCAGUUGCUAUUCCUAUGCCCGAGCCUGCCACUACCCCUGCCCCUGCCGCUGCUUCUAUUUCCGCUCCACCACCGCAGAUUGCCCCGGUCACUAAUAUACACCUUCCUUCGCCUCCGCCACAGCAACAAGCGCAACCUCUUCAGCCGAUAAUACAAUAUGUGCCCGUCUUCUCUCAAGCAGGUCACCCAUCCCAGAUGACGGCGCAAGAAUCACAGCCGCAGGUGCAGGAGCUAUCGCGAGGGAUUCCGGAGGCUCCAGCUAUUCAGCCAGCACCUCAGGUAGUUUCACCGAGAUCAGAGUGGCCAUGGGGAGAGCGAGAUCAGUCGCGAGAGCAAUCCCAGGUUCCACCACCGGUCACUCAAGGACAGACAACCGGAUUUGAAUGGGCAUACUCCCAACAAGAACAACCUCGACAGCCACCCGUCAUCUGUGGAUUGCCCGAACACCCAAAGGUAAAAUCUGGACAACCGCCUGUCUUGGGAAGGCAGCCGACCCGCGGUCAUGCCAACCAACCUCGCGGGCCGCCUAUUCUCCAGGGACGUCUUUCUGGAUCUGGGUGGCCGUUUGGUAUACACGCGCAUCCUCACUCGCAUGCACCGCCCGUAGCACCGGUGUCUCAAGGCCUGCCUACAAGAUCGGAAUCCCAGAGCCGACAAGCUCAGCGUGGAUCUGACGUGCCGCAGACAGAACGAGGACUGCCUCAAGGUUCCGAGCUUGCGCCCCAAGGACAUUCCCAAGCAUCCGAGCCAAUCUCUCCUGGAUUCCAACGCGCCGCCGGCGGGCCUGGCUCAAUUCCAAUGUCUGACAUGCAGGCCCCAGCUCCUGCAUACACGCAGUAUCCCAGAGACGCACCUCUCCCGCCGCGGUAUGAUCUCCAGCCCCGGUAUGAGCACAACCCUGAAGCUGGAGUCUCCAUUGUCAAUCCCAGCGGCGCGAUCGGGCCCCACGAAACACGACGCCGCCGACUCGAAAGAGAAGAGGCCACAGGCAGACGACUCUGCGGGCUCUGGCGCGGCCGGGGUCCAUUCAGCAAGAAAAAUGGACGCCCUGGGCGUGAGGGUCGCACUCGACGAAGAUGGUACUUUGUGAUCUGCAUUUUCUUCUUUAUUAUUGUGAUCGUGGCAACUGUUUUGGCAGUCACACUGACAAGGAAAGGAGCAGCGACUCCUGUUCAAUCGCAGUGGCUUAACUUGACCGGCUAUCCCCCCAUGCCGACAGGCAUUGCCACACUUGCUGGCACUCAGCCGCAGACUGAGAAGUCAACCUGCGUUACACCUUCUUCGAUGUGGAGUUGUGCGUUGCCUAAGGACCAGCGGGAUGCCAAUGAGCCAUACAAUGCGAAUCAGCCCAAUUUCCGGGUUUCCAUCCAAUUCCGGAAUGGCACGUACGAUAACAGCACUGCUGUUCAUUCGAACACUACAGGCAGCCUACGCGUCAGAAACGAUGACUUGUUCGACCCUUCGCCGGCAGCUCCCAGAGAGGCCGAGCAAGCCUUCCUCGGCCAAUACUCAGACAACAACUCAGCACCCUACGCCGGCGAAGCAACCCCAUUCUACAUUUCCAUGCUCUCUCCAAUCUCCUUAUCAUCAGCCAGCAUCUACCGCCGCUCCGGCAUCUCCAAUGGCACCGCCUACCCUAACAUAUCCUCUAUAAUCCCGCCACCAGACACAAACGCAGAUGGCACCGCGGCGGCAGCAAUGCUCUACCCCCUCCCAUCCUCCCAACCCAUCCGCCUCUACAACCGCAACCUCCCAACCGAGCACUACGGCUUCUACACCUACUUCGACAAGUCCAUAUUCCUCACCUCGCAAGACAAAUCCUCUCCCGCCGACACCAACGGCGGCGUCUCCAAAUCCUCCGCCCACUACCGCUGUACAUGGUCUCAAACACGCUUCCUCGUGCAGAUCUGGACACAACCCGACAAAAUCGGCCUCCAGCUCCUUUCCCCAGAUACCACAGCAACAAAUACUACUACCGCCGCAACCCCCACCUCAACAAACAAACCGACAUCAUCAUCCUCCGCGACAGACUUCUCGCGCCCCGGUUCAUUCCCAUACCCGGUAACCGUGACGAUCGACCGACACGGCGGCGCCGAGAAAAAGAAAAUGGUCUACUGCUACCCCGUCGAAGACGACGGACACUACAACAUCACGGGCGCGCAGCUGCAGCUCGAAGAUCGCGCUAUUGGUGGCGAGCUGGUGAAUCCUGCUUCGGGACUUUUUAAGGGUCUUAGUGGGACGCGGAAUGGGAAUGGGGAUGGGUUUGGCGGUGUUGAUGGGGGGUCUGGAGGGUGUGGUUGUCAAUGGGUUAAUUGGAUUUCGAGGAAAUAA